AUGGAAGGAGAGUAUUGUUGUUCUUCAUCUUCUUCGUCUUCAACAACCACAACAACAAGCAUAGAGAAGCGCAAGCAGAGGCAAAACCAGCAGCAACAGCAACAAGUAGGAGGCAACCAUGAUCAUCGUCAUCAAGAAAAACAAUACAGAGGGAUAAGGAUGAGGAAGUGGGGCAAGUGGGUGGCUGAGAUUAGAGAACCCAACAAGAGGUCUCGAAUCUGGCUUGGUUCUUACACGACCCCGGUUGCCGCAGCCCGAGCAUACGACACCGCCGUUUUCUACCUCAGAGGCCCUUCUGCGCGCCUCAACUUCCCGGAACUUGUGUUCCAAGAAGACGGCCAGCAGCUACACGACAUGUCGGCCGCUUCGAUACGAAAGAAGGCUACGGAGGUUGGGGCAAAGGUCGACGCCGUCGAAACUGCUCACCGCUCACCAAUAUCGCAGUCGAAAACGACGUCGAGCCUGGUGAAUUCCCAGAAGCCUGAUUUAAAUAAGUAUCCCGACCCAGAAAACUCUGAUGAAAAUUAA